UCACAUCAAUAACUAGCUGUCCAUCUCAACCAGUGACUAACUGCAGUGAGGGAGCAACUGUUGAAUGCAUAAUCAGAGAAUUCGAUAAAGUGACCAAUCAAAUCAAUUCAUGCAAUGAUACAACAUCAGUCACAAUAACUCCAUCACAGACCUCAUCAAGCACCUUAGUAUCAACAGGGCGUACUUCAACAACUACCAGUACUACUAAUACAAUUCCUCCAACUGUUGGUGCUACAGACUUACCAUUCUACAGAGAGUCUCUGUUCCUAUACACUGGUGCUGGAGUAACGGUGUUCAUUUUAUUCCUUUUGUGUGUAAUAUGCUGCUGUUGCUGCUGCCAUUGUUACUGCAGAAGGAAGAAGAGCAUUCCAUAUAAUGCCCGUCAUAGCCAGCACAUAACACAACGAACUUCUACCAUCACUUCAGGAACCAGUGAUGAUUUAUGUAUUGUGCGUAAUCCAAUGGCGGAAGACAUGGUCGAUAAUACUGAUCCUAGCAUUGCUCCUUCUUCACCUUCAGUGGCCCCUCCUCCUGCCCCGCCCCUAGCUCCUGUCCCGCCCCCUCCUCCUCCUCCUCCUCCUCCUGCUGUUGGGUCUCAUACAAUGCCCAAUAGAAGAUCCGCUAGUUUACCGAAUCACGAGUCAAUGUUAAAUGGAACUCCAAUUGGUUCUCCUCCUCCUUCUGCCCCUCCUCCCCCACCACUCCCUUCAACUCCGCCCUCUGCCCCGCCCCCACCUUCAGCCACUAGGACAUUCCCACGUAAAGUCUCUGCUCCUCCUAGUCUAUCCCCUAUUCCUGCUUUCCGUCAUCCUGUAACCUCAACCGGACCUCCUCCUCCAAACACUUCAACUGAUCAAUACUUUAAUAGUCUUCCUACUCGUAAAUCAAACCCUACAACCCCUCAACAUGUCGUCACCUCAGGCCCAGCCCCACCUCCAGCCCCGCCCCCUCCCCCUAUCCCUGCCACUAAUAGUAUGGAUCGGAGGUUGUCACAGCCUGCAAGGUCAAUUGGUUCAGUACAGCAGCAGCAGCAACAGUUCCAGGCUCCAGCUGGACUCCGGCACUAUUCUUCAACACAGCCCAACCCAGUGCCGAGUGGUCAGGCUAUGAGAGGUCCCCCAUCUAAUAAUUAUCCGGCUGCCAGCCUUUCUCAGUAUUCCGAGAGGAGAGUCUCUUUUAAUAAUUGACUUUAAUGUCGUGUAGAGGACUUGAUGUUGUAUUGUUUUGCAGCUGUGGUUAUUGUAUGAAACUCAAUGUAAACAUGUUUUUGUAA